AUGGACGCUUUGGAGCACGCUCCAGACGUUGCAGCGGUCCUCUUGACUCAAGCAAUUGACAUCGACUCUACGAACCCGAUUUACUACCUGGGCCGGGCCAUCGCUCUGAUGAAGGACGCACAGUAUCUCGCCGCACUUCGAGACUUUGACUGCGCUUCGUCCAAGGAAAGCUACGAAAACACAGUCCCGGUGUGCCUGCAGACCGCCCGCUGUCGAUUGCUGCUUGGGUCCCCGGCUACCGCUUUGAUCGCCGCGGAAGAGGCGCUUUUCAUUGAUCCCUUAGACGAACGAGCCAAGGAGUUGAAGACGCGAAUCCAAGACAUAGAGGCCCAACAGAUAGUAUACAAGACCUCCAUAUCCCGUAACCUCUGGCACAUGGCGCGCGGGGCUUACGAAACAUGCUUGGAAAUCUACGCAAAGGAGGACAGCGACGCGCCGACAGAGAUUCGAUGCUGGGGUAUAGAGCUGCUCGUCGUCGAACGCCAGUGGGAUAGCGCCACAAAGGCUGCCGAGAUGUUGUUGCGGGACGAGCCGUGCUCCGUCGAGGUCAUGAUCCUCCGUGCAUUGGUCCUGUUCUUACAGGCCAAGAUGGAAGAAGCGGUGGCCCAAUUGGGCACUGCGCUGGACCUCGACUCGGACAAUCCAACCGCUAAGGUCCUUUGCAAUCGCGUGAAGAGCACAUUGAGCCUCAAAGUCGCCGGCACCGAUGCGUUCCUAGGCGGUCGGUGGCUAGAGGCAAUUGAAUCGUGGACCCGUGCCCUGGAGCACGUCGGAGAGGGCGAACGAGAAGGCCGUGGAGGGCUCGUGCGUUCAACCCUUCUGUUCAAUCGGGCUGUCGCUUACCUCAAGACCCACGACUUUUCAUCCGGCCUGAAGGACGUCAACGAGUCCCUGGAGCUGCGCCCGGCUUACUUCAAAGCACUCCUGUGCCGCGCUCGCAUUCACGUGGGUCUGGAACUGUACGAGUCCGCAAUCCAAGAUUUCGAGGUCUCGCUCGACCUCGGGAAAACGGCCAUGAGCCCGGCCGACAAAAUCACAGUCAAAACCGAGCUGCUCGCUGCAGCCCAGGCCAAAGAACGAGAGGUUGUCCAGGACCAUUAUACUACAUUGGGUCUGCGUGAAGACUGUUCUCAUCAGGAGAUCAGGAGAGCAUAUCGGACCCUGUCACUCAAACACCAUCCUGAUAAGGGUGGCUCUGAAGAAAAGUUUAAGCUCAUCGCCAAUGCGUACUCGAUUCUUUCGAAUUCGAGCGAGAGGAACAUGUACGAUGUCCAGCGAAGGUGGUCUCGAUCCCCACAAGCAUCUUCCUUUGCUGGUGACUACUACCACUACGCCGCUUAG